AAAUAUACAAGAGAACGGAAUACUCUCGAGAGAGAUUGAACACCUCUCUCAUAUUUCUCUCUUCUGGUAUGGUUCAUUAUCUGGUGCAUCAUCAUCUUAUAUGCUAUUUUAUACAAUUAUUAAUUCAUGACCCAUUUGCAAAUUCUGCUCGUUCCUUUCGCAAUAAGUUAACACAUGGCUUAUUUUUUAGUAAUAAAACCAUUAUUUUGUAAAUCUGAUUAACUGAGUGUUCUUCUGCAGACCAAAACAUUAUAUCCCCCUCAUAAAACUUCUAUCAACUUACCGCAUCUUUUGUUCCAUUACGUAAUCCUCCUUUUGUCGAAGAUGCAACGGAGCACAGAACUAGGAGAGCGUGGAUGAAUGGGGUCGUGGCGACGCCCUGAAUAUAGCAUUGUUUGAAAGGAAUUCGAAGGGUACCCAAUAAUACUAAAAUACCCAGUAUUAUACCACCGGCUCUACUGCCACAGAAGACCAUUGCGUAGCCAUAUCUGGCCUUCUGGUGGGGCAGGAUAAGAAGGAAGGGUGUUCCCGGUCAAAAACUCCGACUUGUGGAAUAUGAUUGUCGAGAAGGCGUUGAGAAUAUAGAAACUACAUAUAUGUUUCAAGUUGGGAAUAUAUAGAUAUAUUCCACCUUCAUUAUUCUACACCAAGGAGCCAUCGUAAUACUCACUACUCACUAUCAGUAAACAUUCCUAUGCAAUGAUGAAUCUUUUUCGGCCACGACUGGAGAUCGUCGUCGUUCUCGUGACGACGUUGCUGUUGUCGAUGACAGCGACUGAUGCUAAUUCGUUCGAGUUCAUCAUCGAGCCAAGUCAUACCUCUGCAGUUCAGGGUACGACGGUGACACUGUAUUGUUCUGUUAACCAAGAUGCCAGUACCUUCAUGUGGGUGAGAGAUACAUCUAUCAUCAGUCAUACCAUACAGAUCCAAGGAAAUGCUGAUCCAGACAGGUAUUCCGUCUCAUAUAGCAGUAAGUCCUACAACCUCAUCAUUGAAAACCUCAAACCAGAGGAUGCGGGUACUUAUCAGUGUGUGGCCUUUUCCAGUGGAGGCGGCAUUACAUCUGAUGGAGCUAAUCUUGAUGUGAUUAGCCCACCCAGCCAGGAAUACCCUUUGAUCAGCUCCUCGGUGACGGGGACGAUCGUCGUCGGCGAGACCAUCGAGAUCGUAUGCGAAAUUGAAGGAGGGAAUCCCGUCCCAGAGAUCGAGCUCGUUAAAGGUAAUGAUGUCAUCGUGGUUGCAUCUGGACGUCUGGUCUAUGUGUGGGUGACCGAAGAGGUCGAUGAUGGCGCGGUGUUCGAGUGUCGCGCCCGGCAUUCUCUAUGGACAGAGCCAAGGUCGUCUUACAGCACUCCGUUCCAGAUUGUGACGGAAUCACCGAACAUCGUUCUGGCCCCGUCGACGGCAGAAGUCACUCUUGGAUCAACGGUAUCGUUUGUCUGUGCGGCAGCACCGGCUACAAGGGCAGUCUAUCGUUGGUUCCUGAACAACGAGGAAUUGGGUAGCAACGUUGGCCGUUCAGUGGUGAUUGAGAGUACGGAGACUGCGAGUGUACUGCGAUUGGUAGGUACAAGGGAAGUCAAUGGUCUGGUAAGGUGUCAGGUAGAAGCCGCUAAUGGACAAGCCUCUGCAGAAGCUGCCCUGACCCUGAUUAUCACUGAGGUAUCAACCCAAGCACCCCCGACACCUGCUGCUUCAACCGAAAGGGACAUUCAGGCACCGACCCUGCCUUCCGAGGCAACAACACACCCUCCAAGGGCAACAGAUACACCAAGUGGCCCAACCAUUGUUCCUGAAGAGACGGAUACUCCUCGUCCUUCUUCAGCCAUCCCUGCCUCAGAGAGUACAGAAGGUCACCAGGAACAAUCUGAACAACCAGCAUCAUCAACCGAAGGCAUCACUUCCCUGACAACUGAAGAUCUAACAUCAGAUAGUGCGGAACCUCCAAUCCGUGGUGCAUCUUCUUUCGACACCAUCUUCGUAGCAUCAGUCAGCGCCAUUGCCGCCCUUAUCGGCGUCAUUUUCAUCGCCGCCAUCGGUGCCGUCUGCUAUGUCACCGCUAAGCGUCGACGCAAGCGCCGCGCCGAUAUGUAUUCUGGUGCCAAUAACGACGGUGACGUCUUUUUCCGUAGUCGCUACAUCAGCAUUGUUCGUUCUUGGUUUUCACCUGUUCACCAAGACACUCAAAAGACCCUUACCUCUUUCGAGGGUCCUACCCCUGACCAAUCCCCGUAUAAUACCGUUGCUUCAAGGCGAUAGCCUUGGUGUCACAAUUUAUAACCCACAUAGAAGCAAAAUAGUACAAUGUGAUACUGUCUACCUCUUCAUUUAGUAUUUUUUCUAAACAUAAACAACUACUAAUUUGCGCCAUUAUAACAUAUUUCGAUAUUGUUGAUUUGCACGAUAUUGCGGCGAUAUGUCAUUUAAAGGGUUACUCCAAGGUGAAAAAAAAAUGAUUUAAACAGACAAAGAAAAAUCAGACAAACACAAUACUGAAAAUUUUAUUUAAAUCAGACAAGGGUAACGAAGUUAUAAUAUUUUAUAGAUAUGCAUUAUUUCGGUAAAACAGUUCUUUGCAUGUCUUCAUGAAUAUUCAUUGAGCAACUUGAUGAUAUCAUAUCCCUAAUUUAAAGUUUUCAGAUUUUGAUGAAAUAUUCAGUAUUUUGCUUAAUGAUUUUUACUCUUUUUAUUUUGAUAUAAUUAUUUUCAACCCGGAGUAUCCCUUUAACAUGAAAUGAGUAUCCGUUAUUUCCUUAUAGAUCUACGUUGAUAUUCAUCGUACCAAUGGCAAAUGUGGUUCUUGUAAGAAAAGAACCUAAAUUAAUAUUUUUAUGUGUAUAUAUAUCUCUAUUACACUCGGCAAUUCACUUCACAGUGUCAGGUAUAUAUGUCAGUUUUCAAUGUAAUCAGUAUAUUUUUUUACUAACACUCAAAAUUGAUACGCCAUUUUUUUUCACUACUUUUGUUAUUUAUUUUAUUCUUUAAAAUGUAUUGUGUCAGUAUACAAACGUGAGUGAGUAAAACUAUAUGGUAUUUUUGUUCUAAUCAGUGCUAAAAAUGGUUUUUACAUGGAUAUUUCUCGACUUAAGUGUCGAAAGAGCUAUGCUUAGAGGACAAUACGAUGUAUUUCUAAAGUAGGCGAAUAGAGACUUAUUAAUUAUUCUUUGAUAUAUUAAUUCUUUUAGUGACUUUGAAUGCAACUCCCGUUGUUUUAUCAGUAUCGUGUCCAAAUUGGCAAUUUUUAGGAUUCUAUGUCAAAAUGGAUGAUUUUUUUUAAUGUAAGGAUAGACAGAGAGGGGAAACUCGUUGGGAGAUGUCUUAUGCCACAUUGUUUUUAUCUUAUUUUACCCGUAAGUUAUAUCUGUUAUUUAUCAAUAAAACGUUUGCUUAGAAAUCAUUUCAUUCUGGUCUAGCGCCGUCUGUAGGUUUAAAGGAAGAAGACUACGGGAUGAAUAGUACAUGAUCUGUAGAAAACAAACACACACAUCAGUAUUUUGGAACACAAGAUAAAUUUGUCAAACAUAAAGCGAUGAUGUGCGUGGAAAUGCUAAAGAAGUGUUUCGAAUAACAGAUAUUGUACCCCUUCAUUAAAAAAAUACUAACAAGAACAACAAAAAGCAAAAUUCUUCAUCCAAAAUCAAUGAUGAUUUAAAAACUGUCAGAUGCAGUUAGUGGCGACCCCCGGGUAGGCCCAUUUUAAAAAGGGCAUGACGUCUUUAAAAUGACGUAUUUUUUCAAUUGAAUAAAAGGGUGUGUAGUUUAGCAUAGACCUCUCUUUCUUGUAUUAUUUUUUCCCUUUCCUUCUUUCUCCACUUUUUUCACUUCUUGAAGAUCAAGAGGGAGGCGCCCAAGCCCCUUACACCACACAUAUUGUAUUGUUCGAGGUGAGACAUUGAACAUCUGUAUAGCAGGUUGUAUUAUUGUUCUCAAACAUUAUUCAGCGCUAAGUUUCUUGACGCAAAUCAUGUUAUGUAAACCGUUUCACUUUUAUCAUAUCAAUUUUAAUGUAAUACUGUGUGUAUCAAAUAAAAUAAUGUCCGUUUUAAGAA